AUUGGCUCAACUUUAAAUGAACACUUCAGUGGGUUCGCUCACUCUUCAUGGCGGGCGUGGAAACUUGAUAAAGACGCAGAGUUGGCAUUCAAGAGUCCCAGUCCGCCUCAGCAUUUCUAUACUGAACGCAAAUAUUUGUUGGGCAUCGGCGUGGCAGCCGAGAAAAUAUCGCAGAUCCCGUUUGCAUCUGAGGAGCCAGGCGUGCUCGAGGACGUGGCCCCUCUCGAGGACAGCGACGUGGCGCCUCUUGUGUCUGGGGACUCCGCGGCGUCGUCGCGCGCCGCCAGAGGUGGUGGAAGUGGCGCCGCUCAUGCUGCGCUUGAUCACCUACACGGCAUUGCUCGAGCGAGGUCGGGCGGCUUCGUGCCUCACGUGUUCGACCCCUUCUAUCUCAUGGCCGCUCUCCAGUUGAAACAUCAUUCGAAGCAGGGUAGGUCCCUGAAGUCUGUAUUGCACCAUGCUGCACCGUUCUUCUUCGACCAGGGCCAGAGUAGUCAGUUUCAGCAUGGACUCAGAGAGUGCGCGUUGCCGACGGAGUCGACCAUGCGCGAAGCGCGCGUUCAGCUCGACCUCCUUUCUUCAGGUUACGCGAGAUUGAGACAAAAGGAUUACGUCAACUGGAUCUACUUGAACCCCGACAGCUCUCCACAGCUAGGAUGGAAUUGGCUGGUGGUUCGGGAAGAUAAGUUCUCUUGGCCCAAAGAUGAUAGUAUCGAUGCGAUCAUGGCUUCGAACUUCAACUCCAAGAUGCAGUCUCGGACCUGCCGUUUGUCAACGAUCGGGAGAGGCCACGGUGCGGCUAUAUUCAAGUCUGUGAGCCUCGCUACGUUGCACAAGUGCGAGUGCUCCAGCAUCGAGGACUAUAAUAAGUUGAGGUCUGAGGUGUAUGGAAUUUGCACAGAUCAAGGAGUUGAGUCAGCCGUUGUCGAUAUCGACACUCUUGAGCCCAAGGGCGACCGCUGCGAGAACUACUCUGACAAUCGUGCCCGCAUGUACCCGAACGCCCUGGGCAUGCCAGAAUCGUUGCACAUCAUGUUCAACGCGUUACAACAUGCCGUUGAGAAGUUGCCAUGCCACAAAACUUUCAUAUCAGAUUUACGGAACAUAGAGAAUUUUCUGGCUGAUAGAUCGUUGAGGCGGUUGUUCGUCAACACGUGCCUCGACGAUUCUUUGAAAUCCAAAUUCGACCACUAUUCAACAGUGCACAUCAGCUGGAGGUGGGAGGUCCUUGCCAAGGCGCUCACUGAAUUGAUCCCUCGCUUUUCAAUUUUGAAAGAUCGCUUUGACUUGGGAAAAAUGAAGACAUCUCCAGAGCGGCAGGUAAAGACACACGUGAUAGACGAUGCGUACGCUUCCCUGCAGGUGCCGCACUUUUUAAAAUUCUGUAUCAUGGUAAAGACCAGCGGCAACACACUUGAACGGUUUGCGAGUCGCCUCGAGGGUUGCGAGUGCCACGCCAGUCUUUGGAAGUCCCAUAGCAACCACAAGAAGAAGACCCGGCUGGGCCAGUGCUUGGAGGCGCUGAAGAAGUGCGACUCCGACGAGUUGCAACUGGCCAUGGGCAAGCUCGACUGCGAGCCACGGGCGCAACUCCUUCGACUCCAGACCCAAUUGGCGGAUUCGUUGGUCGAAGAGCUUUCUGAUAAGUUCGCGUUCAAGGACGUGAUCCCAUAUGCGGCACUCAAGAUCUACAUGUGCGAAAUUCCUGGGGGGAACUUGCAUUCUGCUAGAAUGGACGCGGCAGAUUGCGCGCGUCAGUACGAUUCAGCAGUGGAGGCUGGCAGGGGGCAUCUGCUCCAUCGAGUCGCGCACUUACUUCUGCGACCUGGCACGCACUGCAGGAGCGAGCUCGACGAUUUCGCCAACGGGGUAGGGCACAGCUUGCGGGACUUCACGCACCUGCACUCCAUGAUAAUGAGGUAUGCUCUGAUACCGAUCGUGGGGAGGAGAGUAGAGGGGGCCCAUGCUAUCAUCAGGCGCCUCGGCCUCAUCGCGAAGAACAUGUCACCUCCGUGUAUUUCUGCUUCCAACUCCGAGGCUGAGCACUUGGCGCGCUUGGAUAACGAUGCGGAGUUCAAGCGGUAUUGCCAAUCGACCUGGAGUUCGAAAUCUCUUCUGAACGAUUUGUUGAGCUUAGUUGUUCCGGGAGAUGCAUUGAAAGAAAUGAGCAGGAAGGACAAGAUCAACCGAGUUUACCAAUGCGACCUCGCGUCGGAGUUCAAGGACCUCAGCGUUGAAAGGCAGUCCCAUGACACGUGGAAGCUGCUAACUCAACACCUACGGAGUGCGCAUCCAGGCUUCCCAUAUUCGUGGAAGAUCGUUGUCACGUAUUUGAAGGAGAAGCUCUGCUCUGGUAGCAUAUUUUCUUUACCGACGAGCUUGUACAAUCUUGCUCUGGUCGAUCAUGGGCCCGAUGAAAUCGAUAUCUCUGCGGUUAACCCUUGGGAGCAAGCCAUCGAUGUUAUCGGCCAUGAGCCCAGCGAGUUCCAGUUCGAUGCGGUCGACUCUGUUACAUUUUUUGAGGUCGUGAACCCCUGGCCCGAGAAGCGGAAGCAGAUUGCGUUAUCUCACAUUAUCGAAUGGGGCGAUCGCGUCAACGUCAGGAGGCGCCUCACCUUGCAGACCGACGUUUGUGACAGGAGCGUUACGCUAUUGUGCGAUGCGGACUAUGCUGAAACGCUCCACAUGCGCCCGUUAGUUCACGACUUGAAGCGGUCUCUGCUGUCUUUGUACACGUGGGCCGUGAUGGGCGACUGGUCUGCUUUGGGAGUGCGCCAGCGGAAUCUGGGAGAGCCCGAGCACAUCGUUGCUGCGCCUCGCAGCCUGGUGAUUCCCAGUGCGAGUGACGCGUUGGUUGUCUCGUCGCCCGCCGAGGUCGUCGCGCUCCCCGACGUUGGAGAGUUGGCUCUGGAGCGGUAUGAGGCUACGACCAGCGAGAAGAUGGUGGCAUGUUUAGGCAAACUCCGAGACCUACAGCAUGGCGACGACCGAGACGACGAUCCUGUCUGGGUUCAGUACACGGCGCUGGAAGGCGUGCACAUGAACACGAUCCAAGAUUUGCACAAGGCUGGAGCAAUCACCGCCGUGAACGACGAGUUCGGGGAGUUGGUCGUUUGUCUGCAAAAGGCUGGUACUAUGUUCAGGGCAGUGCGUAAAGUUGGCAGGCCGCUGCAACUCUGUUUUGUGGAUAGCACCAAGUUUGCCAGCAAGCUGGACAUGAUAUUUGCUCUACUUCGUGGUGGAUGGAAGCCUGGUGCCACUAGGCCGUUCAAGAUACGUGGUGCGCGCAAGUUCAUGUGCAAUAAGGACAGGCCUUUGAGUUAUUUUGCAUGUCUUCUCCAAGUUGACAUGCUAUUUGAGAAGGGGUUGAAGCAGCUGCCGCACGAUUUGAAGGACUACCAUUACCAGUGCUUCCUGCGUCUUGCUGGACAUGCACUGCUCGCGUUCGAGGCCGACUUGCAGUCGCAUGGCCUCGAAGAGUGCAGGCGCUUGCUGCGCGAUGCCCCCGAGGCGCCAGUCGACGCGCCUCCCCUGGAGGACGACCUCGAGCCAGCAGCGUCGGUGGAGGCUGCGACCUUGGGCAAGUUUGGCCAGGCCAUGGAACGCCACUCUGGUGGAGUGCUCGGCGGCAACUCUUUGGUGGAUCAGGCGCUGUCGCAGAAGUCCCUUCUCGCGGGAGUUGCAGCGCCGCCGACGCCUUCGACUACACCUGGUGGCGGCGUCGCCCAGCGCCCCAGCCGUGGGCAAAGCAGCCGCCCCAGCAAGGUCGGCUCACGAGAUAUGUUCUGGUGCUGUAAGUGCCAUCAGGAGAGGCCGAUGUCACUUUGUGUUUCGCGCGGGACGCAGCAAAUCUGCGAUCCAGACGUCAAGGCCUACAACAGCCUCGUUGCUCGCUGGAAGGGCAAGCCAUGCUUGCGCAAGUGGUGGCAUGGCAAGUCGGAGGCCGAUCAGGCUGAGUGGUACCGCAAGCAGCAGGCGCACGUUCCAGGUACGAAGCGGAAGUUCGACGAGAUGGAGGUGUCCGAGACGAGCGCCAGGAUGGCCGUGAAGGACGACGUCAAGGAGGACGACUGGAUCCCGCUCAACAUCUACCAGCGGCGAGUGGCCAUGGAGGGCGUCAGCAAUCCUGAUGCCGCCCAGGAGUUCAAGAGGAUCGUUGAGCGCGGCGAAGGCCUCUGGCGCGCUGGCCAGUGGCACGUCCACGACUACCAAGGUUUCAAGAUGCACACGGGCAUCCGCGAGGCUCAGGGCUAUGCCACCACGGGCAAGUACGCGGUCGCGGGCCGCGAAGACCUCGCCAGACGAGUGGAGGAGUGCUCCACCAAGUUAGACAGCCAGCUCCUCGCACACGAGCAGUCCUUGAAUGGUUUCCAGGCCGCCCCGUCUCGCGAUGCUCCCAACAUCCAGUGCCCCACGAACGGCGGCGUCACUCUCCCGCAGUGA